AUGGGUUUCGAUUUCUUGGACUCGGGGCUUUCCGGAUUUGCAUUUGAGCUGGCGACAAUGCUGAGAACUGCGGCAGUUAGGAUUAGGGUUCCGGUGAGCAAGCCCAAGACUAUGCCGACAUUUUUCCGACGCUUUUUCUGGGCGGCAGGUGAGGCGUCGUUCAGCCCUUGCUGCGACUGGACGUUCUCCAGAAGCGGCGCCGGGGACGAUGGCGCGGCGGCAUCGCCGCCGGAUGAGACCUCGCCGCACAGUCUCGGAUUGUGUGAAAAUGACGAAAUCGGUUGGGGUGGGGGGCACGGGUCCGGAGAGACUAUUGCUCGAGACGUUGAAAACCUCCAGCGAAGUCUGGUUCAACGGCGGGAUGGGACCGGAGAACCGGUUCGAAUCGAGGCGGAGGUAGCCCAGCCGGUCCAGGGCCGCCAGAUUCUCCGGGAGCGUGCCGGUGAAGUUGUUGUGGGACAAAUCGAGAAGGAUGAGGCGGUGGAGGGACACAACGGAGAGGGGGAACGCUCCGGAAAAGAAGUUGUAAUCGAGCGACAGCGUUUUGAGGUUGACGAGAGCGGAGAGGUCGGGGAGGGGCCCGAAGAGCGAGUUGUUCCGGACGGUGAGUACACGGAGCUGGUCGAGGCGGCCGAGGGAGGCGGCGGCGACGGUGCCGCGGAGGCCGGCGCCGGGAACUUCGUAGCGCACAACGCGGCCUUGGACGCAUUUCACGCCGAGCCACUGGCAGUAAUCGAAGCGCUCGUUGGUGGCGUAGUGGAGACGGUUGUCGAGGUCGGCCUCGGACUUGAACGCCAGGAGGGAGACGGCGUCGGGAGGGAGAGAGGUGAGGGAUUCUGA